AUGGAGGACCCGAAAUCUCGGGGCUCCUCGCAAGAGAAGCCAGCUGUCAGUCCAACUUCAACACCAGACUCGGCUCCAAAGCCUCUCAGACGACGUCGCCGUGUCCCUAUUGCAUGUGCGAGUUGUCGCCUGCGCAAGACGAAAUGCGAGCACAUUGUGCCAAGAAACAACCUACAGAAACCUUCCGGACAGGAUGCCGGCGCAUAUGAUUAUAUUCGUUCCCUCGAAGACAAGGUCAAACAGUAUGAGGCACAGCUGAGAAGUCUGCAUAAUAAUCACCAUGAAACAAGUUAUCAACCCACAAACCACAAUCCUUCCGGUCCGUUACUACCGGCGCCCACCGUUAGUAACAGCCAACAACCGAUCACGUUACCACCGCUUGCGCGUCCGUCUCUUGCUCCAGACCGGAGCCCAGCUGCUAUCACAGCAGCCUCUCCUUCGCUUUUCCUGGGCGGAGAUGGCGCCAUCUCAUUCACUCAGUUGAUCCUCAAUGCCAUGAAUCCCGAUGCCCCUAGCAGAGUCCAGUCAUCAACUCAACUCUUCUCGUCACCCCGUGAUCCCUCUCGCGAAAUGCCCGAUGCCAAACUUCAUGAUCUUCCUCCCGAUGUACGCGAGCUGGUCCAGCGAUAUUUCGAUUUCCAUCAUGUCUUGACCCCAAUAUUCCACGUUCCUUCGAUACUCCCUCGAAUUGAGCAAGCUCUGAAUAUGGACCGUGCCCGUCGAUUUGAGGAUCCACUUAUACUGGCCAUGAUAAACAUGAUCUGCGCUAUUUCGGCAGCACACCGGCGGAAUGGCUUUGAGACUUCUACAAUCCAGACUCGAAAGUACUAUGACCGUGCUAUGGCUCUUGUCGGACCGACUAUAUUGUUCGAUUGGUCCGUCGACAAGGUACAAAUACUGUUAUUAGGCGCCCGAUAUCUUCAAAGUUCAAAUUUCCCCGAUGAGAGCUGGACUCUUCUCGGCUUGGCUAUCAGAAUUGCUCAAGGCUUAGAACUUCAUCGGCCACCGCCAGAGAAUUUAGAUUGCAUUCAGAAGGAAGUUCGCAAGCGUCUGUGGUACGCAUGCUAUAUGACCGAUCAGUUAGCGAGUACCAUAUAUGGGCGGCCUGUUUCGACUGCGUCAAAUACGUUUUCAACUCCACUCCCGGAGGAUCUGGAUGAUGACCGUAUUCAACCCUCUCAACUUCUUUAUCCUCCUACCCCCACCUUAUCGACCAUGUCUCACUCAAUUCAGUGUGUGAAAUUAUGUCGGAUCAUGGAAUCGGCAUUGACGCUUGUGGAUCCACCACUGGAAAAGAUCGUGGAAUUGGACGAACAAUUUGAAGCGUGGGAUGCGCAGCUCCCUUCUGCCUUUAGGAUCUAUGAGAACGAGACGGUCCUGGAUGACAAGAAGUUGAUAAUGGCGAUGAGAGCCAAUAUGACGAGGAUUCUGAUUCACCGGCACUCGGUGAUAAAAUCCCUCGGUUUGCUUUCUAGACGUGAGCGACUUGCUCCUCUGUCAGAUGGCCUUCGCGCCAAUAUGAUGCAGAAUAGUAGACAUAUCUGCGUUCGUAGUGCAGAGGAUACGAUACAGCUGGUUGGCCGUCGACAUGACACAACAAAGGCGGUUACCGGACCAAGUUGGUUCAACCUGUAUUACUUAUUCAAUGCUAUUCUCAUUAUUGCUUCUCACGUCGUCGACCCUGAGUUCCGGGAUGAUAAAGAAGCAUUAGCACAUCUUGAAGAUGGAAUGCGGAUGAUCGCGCAAAUGAGCGCAAACCAUACGACUGCCCGGCGUGCACAUAUUUUCUUACGGCAACUAUUAGAUCUUGUAGAAAAGGUUCUACCUCAGCAAAGCCGGAACCUAGCGCGCAAAUCAUCUUUGUCAACCACUUCUACUACUUCUUCAAUGGCGGCGCAAACCCAACCUUCAGUCCCGACAACAGCUGAGGGUACAGCCAGCAGCUUUACUAGCUAUUCACAGCCUUCCAGGGAAUUCAUACAUUUAUGGGAUAACACGGCAGAUUUAACAACCGCACUGGGUUCACAACUUGAUUACUACUCAUCAAUGGGCUCGGGGAUGUGGUCAUGGGGGAACCAAGCUCCAGAUACCAGGCCAUAUGCGGCUAUGCCACAGGGUAUUGCUCCAUAG